GAAGAUGAGGAGGAAGAGGAUGAAGAAGAAGAAAUAGAUGUUGUGACAGUGGAAAAAAGACGCUCCUCCUCCAACAAGGCUGUUACCACCCUUACUAUUACAGUGCGUCCUAAAAAUACCACUUUUCCAUCAGUCAGGACACAGCAGAAUGAACUGAUUUUAAAGCGUUGCGCACCAAUUCAUCAGCAGCAUAAUUAUGCCGCUCCUUCUCCAUAUAUGGAGAGUGAAGAUGCUCCACCGCAGAAGAAGUUAAAAACUGAGGUGCCCCGUCCAGUAAAACCCACGAUCCAACCAAAGUCUAAGAGUGCAAGUCCUCGAAACUCGGAUUCAGAAGAUAGUGAACGUCGACGCAACCAUAAUAUCCUGGAGCGUCAACGGCGUAAUGAUCUACGGUCAAGUUUCCUCACAUUAAGGGACCAUGUUCCAGAACUGGUUAAAAAUGAGAAAGCUGCAAAAGUUGUGAUCUUGAAAAAAGCCACUGAAUAUGUUCAUUCCCUUCAGGCAGAGGAGCAGAAGUUAUUGCUAGAAAAGGAAAAAUUGCAAGCCAGACAACAACAAUUGCUAAAGAAAAUAGAAUACAAGCGGACUUGCUAAACUUUUGUUUCGUUUUGUUUUGGCUGACCAGGACAGUCAUUGCCACUUUGCACAUUUUUGAUUCUUUAAAAAAAAAAUUGUGUUUUUUGACGUUAAGAAUGUUGGUUUUACUUUCAAUCCAGUCCCUGAAGUAAUUGACAAACUAUAUUUUCCGGGUACGGAGCAAAUGGAUGUUCUUGCAAGGAGUUUAUUGCAAGACUACCAAACAAAAUGGACUGCCUUUGUUUUAAUUCUUAAGAACUGUAGAUGGUGGGGAUUUUUUUUUUUUUAAUUGUUGUGAGCAUUUGGAGCUGCUGAUGACAUCUAGUUGAGUUUUGAAAUGUUCAUUCCUAAGUUUUAUGGUGCUUAUGUUCUAACAGAUGUUACUUUAGGGGUUGACAUUUUGUACCCCUGUGGGAAUUUUCUGUAAAUACCAUCUACACACUUGCCUUUUGUACAUGUCUUGGGUUAUGAGAGGUGGCUUUUGCUACCGGUAUUAGACUGGAAGUUCAUACCUAAGUACUGUAAUACCUCAAUGUUUGAGGAGCAUGUUUUUGUAUACAAAUAUAUUGUUAAUCUCUGUUAUGUACUGUACUAAUUCUUACAUUGCCUGUAUACUUUAGUAUGAUGCUGAUACAUAACUAAAUUUGAUACUUAUAUUUUCGUAUGAAAAUGAGUUGUGAAAGUUUUGAGUAGAUAUUACUUUAUCACUUUUUUGAACUAAGAAACUUUUGUAAAGAAAUUUACUAUAUAUGCCUUUUCCUAGCCUGUUUCUUCCAGUUAAUGUAUUUGUUAAUGUUUGGUGCAUAGAACUGGGUAACUGCAAAGUUCUGUGUUUAAUUUCUUCCAACGAUGUACAUUUAGUGCUGCGUCUUAUAGCACUUUGAAAUACCUCAUGUUUAUGAAAAUAAAUAGCAAUUACAUGAUGUG